AUGGGUUGUUCAAAUGCUCGUUUAUUAGUACAAGCACCAUCGGCUACCGAAACCGGUGCAAGAACGAAUAAUCCUGUAUUGUUAUCAACCGAUGGAACCUCUCCAGCCAAUGUUCCUAUCGAUACAACAACACGAAUGCAUUUAACAGGAGUUGAUCUCGUUGUAGAGAGAAAUGGUUCAUACACGCUUUUACUAACGCCCAAAACUCAUAAGCAAUUAAUGCCUUAUGUUUUACGAAAAAAAAGAUUUCGAAUUCUCGUCGAUAAGCCUCGCUCGGAACCAACAUUAAAUUCGAAUGAAUCAAUAAUGGAAGAUAAUAAAGAAUUAAAAUUGAACUCUGAAAAAGAUAAAAAAUCUAAACAAAGUCAAAUGAAUCAAUCAAUAGUUGCAUCUAUGGAACAAGUUGCAUCGGAUGAAUUGAAUAAAGCAGAAACUCGUUUAAUAGGUGGUCGAAGUAUUGAUCGUGGUAAUCUUGAUGAUGAAGAUGAAAAUAUUCAAUCUGAUGAUGAAGGUAUGAUUGAAGAAAUUGUUACAACUGUUGAACAAGAUAAAGAUCUUGAAUGUAAAGUUAAAAAGAAAGUGGAAACAAAAAAAACUACGUCACAGCAUCCAGAUACACAUAAUACGAUAACCAAGGUUGUCAAAACUGAAGUUACAGAAAUAACACGUACAAUAACAAUUAAUGAUCAUCAUGAUCUUGAGCGUGCUAAGCGUGAGUUAGGUAUUGAUGAUGUUAAUAAACUUUUACCAUCAUCAAAAUGGGCUCAUCAAUCAAAUGUAACAGAAAUAAAACAAAAGCAACAUGAAACCGUUAAAGAAAUAGCUACAUCAAAAGAUGUAUCAUUGAAUAAUCAAACAAAACAAACUCAACCAGACAAGAAAUUUAUCUUAUCGGAAUCAACCAUGGUUGGACGUGGACCAGUGACUGAAACUAUAUCAUCGUUAUCGUCUCCAAAAUCUGAACAGAAACCAAAAGAAACAAAAAAGAAGAAGAAAAAAUCUAAAUUCUGUUCAUGUACACGUUCAGUUGCUGAUGCUGAACAAGAUAAACAAGAUAUGUCUACAAUUCCAACGGAAGAAAAACCUAAAAUUUCAUAUGAAACAACACCAGUGUUCAAAUCAACUAUUGAUACACAAAUUCAAGGCCAACAGUUAAUAUCAUCAGACAUAAAACAAUUAAUUAUCGAUAAAAAGUUUCUAUUAAUUGAAUAUAUACAUUCAAAAAUAUUUUCUCCAUCAAAAUUCUUUACAUCGGAUGAACAAGAUUUAAAAGGUCGAAAAAUUUCAUCAAGAAUUCUAGAUUUAUUACGUUAUGACCGUUGUUCAUCGUGGGCACAAAUGUUUGAACAAUUCAAUGAAGAAUAUACAAAUUAUUUACCGACUGAUUCCAUCAUACACCCAAUGGUUAAUACAUAUGAAAGUUUAUUUACUACUAAACAAGCACAUUUAUUAAAUACAUUUUCAACAAUUCAUCAUGAGAACGAUAUUGGAAAUAUACAAGAAAAUUCUGAUUAUGUAACUAUUGUAGAAAAAUAUAAACAUGAACGAGAUGAUCAAACAAACGCUGCAAUUAUUGUACAACAGUCUGUUGAUAAUAUAAUCAAUACAGUGGAACAGUUACACGAAACUAAUCAAGAAGAACAAGUUGUAGAAGCUAUUAAUGAUGAUGAACAAGUUGAAAAAGAAGUAGAUAUGACUGACGAUAUUCAACCAUCGUUACCUAUUUAUAAUGAAGAACAGUUAGUAAAAAUGCUUGCUGAUUUAUCUCCACAUAAACCGAUAACAUUAGCUGAAGCGAUUGCAUAUCAAUACAUUGAUGUUGAAGAUCCUAAAUUAGGCUUAUCAAAUGAUAUAAUACAACAUAUAAAACAUUUGUUUCGUCCGUUAUCUGAUCAAUCAGUAUCAAAUUUAAUUCGUGUUCAGCGAUCAGGUGAAUAUCUAACCGAUAUUAAUCUUGCUGAAACAAAUCCAUUUGAAAAAUUAAAUCUAACUGAGCCGCAUGUUUAUCAAUUGCAACAAUUAUUUGAGCCAACAUUAGAUUUCAAUGAAAAACAAUUUCGUUCAUUAACAGAAGCAAUACUCAGUAAUAAAGAACAAUAUGAUCAAUUACAAUUUGAUAUAGCACGUACAUCAUUACCAAUUUAUGAUGCAAAAGAUUCAUCAAUAAAUGAUUUUAGUCAGUCAGAUUCAGGCUAUUCAAUGACAACAGCAACACACGAAAGUUUAGCUAGUAAAAUAAAAAUUGAAUUCGAACCAAUCAAUCAAGAUAUACCUGUACCACUUGCCCGAAGUGAUUUACAUGAAGAUGAAAAAAUUGAUUUAGAUAAAGCAACACAAGAACAAUUAAAUAAAUAUGAGCUUAAUCAUGAUUUAAUUCAAAUCAUUAAAUCAGAUUAUAAUGUAUCCAAUAAAACUAUUGGACAAGCAAUAUUAUCACGUGAACUACGUUUAGAGAGUGCAGAUCCGAGUGAUGUAUCACGUUUAAAUUCGUUAGGUAUUCAUAAAGAGCAAGCAAGAGUUUUACAUGCAUUUUUCUUUCCAAAACAAACGCGUAUCAUUGCCUAUUCACCAGAACCCGGCCUUUUUGUUGAAGCUCAAACAACAUAUAAUCCUGAUUACCCAGGCUAUAAAACUGAUACAACAAUAAUACAAAUUCAAGACAAACAACUUUCAUCAGAUCUUCUAGCCAAACAAAGAAAUAUUCAUGAUGAACGAACAUCACCUAUUUUAUUUGAACAAAAACAAGAAUCAGAAAUAAUUAUUCCUCUUGGUCCAUCGGAAACUACUCCAGCAACAGUUCCUAAAGAAAAUUUAUCAUCAACACCCUCGUCUGCAACAACAACAACAACAACAACAACAACAACAAUCACAAAAGCACCUAUAAAAAAACGUAAAUCAAGUGGUCAUGGUAGUUUUUUAACUUGUUUUAGAAGUAAAAAAUCGAAAGCAGGAACUGAACAACAAGGUCAAGCAAUUAUUCAGCCAACAGUAGUUGUUUGUCAAAUAAGCAGUCCUGAAAAAAUCAUGAAACCUACUCACGAAAAAUGUAGUAUUGAUUACGCAGUUACACCUGAUGGUAAACGUAUUUACAUCGAUACCUUUCGAGAUCGACCUGGUCUUGAUAUGUCUUAUAAACCAAAUGAUUUUGAAAAUCGAUUCGUUCUACCAAUCUCAAAACCAAUAUCUGAAUACGAACAACCAAGUGCACCUGAGCCUGAACCUGAACCAAUUACUCUUAAAUCUCAAGUUAUCGAACAUGAACCUAUCAUUCAUUUAGAACCAAGAUCACCAGUUAUUGAACCAGUUGAUGUGCAACCUGAAGAAAGAAACAUUAUUAUUCCACUAACAAAAACAGAUGAAAUGACAAUUCAAAAAAAAAGAGCACACAUUGAUUUACGCGGAGCCGCUAUUAAGUUGCCAGAUAUUGAAUUAGUUCAACCCGGACCAUUACCAACAUUAUCGAUUGGCAAAGAGAAUAAAGCAAAAAAACCUAAAACAAAAUCAACUGGUAGUUUGUGUGCAUCGUGCUUUGGAAAAAAAUCUAAAGAAAAUAAAAGACAAAAAGAAACUAUUUCAGAAACUGCUCAAGCACCUAUUGAACAUAAGAAAAUAAUUGAACCAGAAAAAAAAGAAGAUCUAUCAUCAACUACAAUUGUAGCAGCACAAACUAAUGAAUCAUCAGCAUUACCUUCGAUUGUAACUAACGAAGCUAUUUUACCUCGAGUCAAUAUCGAUGUGUUUAGAGAUAGAAAUUUUGAAAAGGGUUCGGAGAAUAUUCCUCAAGCAGAAAAUCGUUCAGAAGCAGCACGUGAAAAAUUAUUGUCAAAAGUAGAAAUUAAUAAUCAAUCAUCGUCAAGUGCACCACUAUCAUCAAUAUCAACAACUACUGUUGAGUCACCAUCACAAUUUUCAGCAAUAAAAGAUAUAUCCAUAUUCUCUAAUGUUAAUAUUGACACGUUCAGAGAUCGAACUUUUCAAAAAGGUUCCGAGAGUCUCCCUCAACCGACAAAACAUAUAGAAACAACAAAUUUGAAUACAGCUCCACAACCUCAGGAAUCUCACUACGAAAUACCAGCCAAUGUACCUGUCCAAUUGCCAACAACAACUAUAAAAACGAUUGGAUCAUCCGUAAAAGAUGCAUCGAUUUUCGCUCACGUUAACAUCGAUACAUUUAAGGAACGAACACUUGAAAAGGGUUCUGAGAUUGUUCAUAAACCAAUAGAACAUGUAGAUGUAACAGUAACACCAUCUCAUGAAGAAUGUCGUGUUGAAUUACCAACGAAUGAAUCAGUUCAAUUGCUAGCAACAACUAUGAAAACCAUUGAGCCAUCCGUAAAAGAUGCAUCGAUUUUCUCUCAAGUUAAUAUCGAUACGUUUAGAGAGCGAACAUUUGAAAAGGGCUCUGAAAUCGUUCAUAAACCAAUAGAACAUGUAGAUGUAACAGUAGCAUCAUCGCAUCAAGAAUGCCGUGCUGAAUUACCAACGAAUGGAUCAGUUCAAUUGCUAGCAGCAACUAUGAAAACCAUUGAGCCAUCCGUAAAAGAUGCAUCGAUUUUCUCUCAAGUUAAUAUCGAUACGUUUAGAGAGCGAACAUUUGAAAAGGGUUCUGAGAAUGUUCCAAAGCCGAUCGAACGUACAGAUUUAGGAGAUGCCAAAGUAACAGCAUCCCUUAAAGAAUCUCACUAUGAAACGCCAACCAAUGAGCCUGUCCUAUCGCCUGUAGCAAGUGUAAAAACAAUCGCUGCAGCUGUGCAAGACUCAUCGAUUUUCUCACAAAUCAAUAUUGAUACAUUUCGAGAUAGAACAUUUGAAAAAGGUUCCGAGAGUCUUCCUAAACCGACAGCACCUACUACAGUAACAGACGUAAAAUUAUCAUCUUCAACUGUAGAAUCUCAUUAUGAAUUCCCAAAAAACGAACCAUUACCAACUAGAGCAACAAAUGAACCAGUCACAACAGAGGCAUCCAUUUUCUCUAAAGUUAAUAUUGAUACAUUCAGAGAAAGAACUUUUGAAAAAAGUCCCAAAAAUUCCUUCAAGCCAACAGUAUCAUCAGACAUGGCUAUUAGAGCGACAAGCUCAAUUGAAGAACCACAUUAUCAAUUACCAUCUAGCGAGCCUGUGCCGCUUUCCUCAACACCAUUAGAACACGAAUAUUCAACAGUAGAUCGUAAUACAUAUGAUGUUCCUCGUACGAUUGAAUUUCAACAAACAGCAUCAUCAAUUGAAGGGAAAUCAGAUGUAGAAACUAUCAAGAACGCGCCCAUGAUAUCAUCAACCAUUGAUAUGCAAAAGUCCAGUGGGGAUUUUCUAUCAACUAAAAUCGUUAAAGAAAAAGUCGAAACUGACGAAAUAUCUCCAAUCAUCAUCGAUGUUCUACCAGGUAUGGAUUCUAAAGAAACCAAAAUUCAAGAUGCAUCAAAAACUGUCAAGAAAGGAAAAAAAUCAAAAACCGAUAAAAAAUCCGGUUUAUUUUCAUCAUUUUGCCAUCAGAGCAAAAAGAAAUCUAAAAUUCCAGCACUUCAUUUACCGCCAAUAGAAAGUAAUUUAACUGCAAAUACUCAAAUAAAUUCAUUACAUCAUUCUGAUGAUGAUCCAUUGCAUAUUCCAUCAACUAGUUUACCUAAACUUGAUAUUCCACUACCAGUAUAUAAUCGACCCGAAGUUGAUAUGACAACUGGACAGAUCAAACAAACAUCGGAGUUCAAUAUACCAGCUAUUAAUUUAACAACUAUACCUAAUUUACAGUUGCCAGAACAUAAUAUACAAUUAAUUGGCUCAAAUUCUGAUCAAAUCAAAGUUCCAAAUAUUGAAUUACCCAAUCUUCAAUUUGCAUCCCAGGAACAAAUUAAAGAAAAAAUUGUAAUAGUAUCAACUGUUGAAGAUCCAUCAUCGAUUACAACGGUUUCUAUUGCUCAAACAGAAAAAGUGACUCCAACUCUGUCGUCUAUCGAACAAACAACUGCAAUAACUGGCAAGAAUUUAGAUCAAUCAUUCGAUGUUCCAGUUGUCAUUGAAAAUAAAACAUAUGCUGAUUUAAAUUCUUCAUUAUCAUCUUCGGAACCUACUUCUACAUUAUCAAAAUCUGCAACGAUUCCAGUAACCAUCGGUCAUGAUUUUUCAACACAAAAAACAUCAGAAAAUAUUCUUAUUGAAACAAAAUCGAAACCAACAAAAAGAUCUUCAACACUUUCGUUGUGUUCGUGUUUUAGUAACAAGGCAAAUAUUAAAAAAACUAAAACUCGAACACUUGAAGCACCAAAAACGAAUUUACCAGAAAUAAAUAUACCAAUCUCAUCAUCAAAUAUUUCAUCAACAUUAAAAACACAAGGAUCAUUACGUGCUCCAUCGAAUAAUUUACCAGCAAUUAAUUUGACACCAGCAUCAAUUGAACCUAUUUCUUUAUCAAUAGUUCGUGUACAAGAUAAAAAAAUAACAGUUAAUCAAACUGAAACAAAUGCUCCAUCGUAUGAAAUUAGGAAACAAGAGGAAAUUCAAGUGCAAUUACCUAUUGAAAGUUCUCCUAUUGAAAAACAAAUAGAAGAAAUACCCGAAGUCAAAUCAGAUGUUUCAACAAGUAUUACAAAAGUACAACAAGUGAAAGAAAUUAAGAACGUUUCUACUGAUGCUAAAAAAUCUUCAUCGUUUGAAAUCAAAGCGCCAGCUAUAAAUAUUCCUGAACUUGACUUGUCUGGUCCACCAAAAAUGGAUGCAUAUCUCUCAUUUAAUAAACAGGAAGAGUUGGAGUCAGUAUCUGAAUCAAUUCAGUCACGUUCUGAUAGUGGCCUGGAAGCAAUUGUUUCAUCACAUGUUCAUCCAUCAUCAACAUUUGGUACAGGGACAAUGAUAGCAGAUGUUCAACAGCUACCAUCCAUCAGUUCUGGUUUAGGUAGUGAAAUUUUAGAUAAAACAACAAUAAAAUCUUCGACAUUAUCUGACAUUCAAAUAUUACAACCAACUGCUGAAUUAAAAGAAGAAUUAAAAUAUGAUUUAGCACAUAAAAUAACAAUGAAUGAUGAAAUACAUUCAAAAUUAAUAUCAAGACAAGACCAGUUGAAAGCAUGUUUAGAAAGUGAAAUAUCAAAAGUUAUAAUUGAUUAUGAUCCAAAAGCAGAUCAUAAACCAUUAGAAAAAAUUUUGACUCGUGGAGUUGAUUUAAUUAAAGAUAAAAAAGUAACGACAUAUUCUGAGUUACAACACAAAUUAACAGUCGAACAUGAACAUAAUGCAUUUAUUAUUGAUUCUGUUGUGCGUUCACUUUAUUGUACAAUUGAAAAACAAGGUUUGGACAAUUUAGAUAAACCAGAAUUUCCAUCAGCUAUACGUGAUAUGGUACGCCUUCCGACCAAACAGACAUAUGACACAGUGACGCAUUUGAAUAAAGAAGCAACGCCAUUAGCUACAACACAAAUGACAAAUGAAACUCAAUCUCCUAUUUCGACUGUAGCUGCUCCGAAUGCAGCUGCUAUCACUAUCGAAACUAAAUUACCUGAGCAAAAAAUAAAAUCAACUGAUGAUGCAGCACGAUCUUGUUUAACAUGUGGCCGUUCAAAAUCGAAACCAAAGGUUUCAUCACCAUCACUCACAACAGCAACAACAACAAUUUCAUCCAUUGGUUUACUUGAUGAACGUCAUCGUUCACAAUUAAAUAUCCAUCGUCAUGAAUUAGGUACUGUAGUUAGUAAUCAUAUUCAAUCGUCACAGCCACCAAUACGAAGCUUUUCUGAACAUCCAAAAGAAAUUGAAAAAAUCACUCGUAAAACGUUAACACUUGUUACUCAACCAAAAGUUCAUUCGUAUGAACAAAUUCGUAAUGAUUUAAAAACCGAAUAUAAGCAAACCUUCUAUCUAGUUGAUCCAACUGUUGAUAUCAUUCGUGAUACAUUGAAUCACUGUGAUAUAACACAAAUGAAUGAAAAAAUAAAUCUUGAUAUAUUAAAUUCAAAUAUUUCUCAAACAGCUAAUUUGUAUAAUAAUCAAUCAAGUUUAUUAACCAAUGACGAACAUAAUGCAUUAAAAUCAAAUCAACUAUCAUGGCUUCAACAGUAUUUGAUUAAUAAUGAAUUAAAAGAAAAAAAAUUAACACGAAAACAAAAUAGAGAAUUAAGUAAAAUUUUACAUCGUACUUUAGAAAUACUUUCAACAAAUCAUAUUUCAACAUGGGAUGAAUUAACAUUACAACUACAACGAGAAUAUCCAAAAGCACAUGAUCUUUGUCAUCGUGCAGUUGAAUUAGUAAAACAAUCGCAAAAAAAUGGUCUACUUCUUUUACAACAAGCUCCAAAUACUGAAGAAAAACGUCGUUCAUCAUUUAUAAUAACUGAUCGAGCGAGACAAAAUUUAAAAAUUAAUCGAAAUAAAAUAAUUUUAUCAUUAAAAAAUUUAUUAAACAAUCAUAAUAAAUUAUCGAAUGAUGAUAAUCAAUUAGAUAUGUAUCUUGAAAAAACAUUCGAUUAUUUAGAAGAACAGAAACAAGGUCAAUUUAAAAAUUAUAAUGAUUUAAAACAACAAUUAAAACAAGAUUUUAAAAAGAAUAAUCAAGAAAAUUUGAUUGAACAAAUUGUUGAUGUUAUUGAACAAGCACAUGCAACAAAUCAAUUUGAUGAUAUCGAUAAGCCAGAAGUACAAGCGUUGUUGCAAGAUAGAUUAAAUGGAAAACCAUUAAUAAUAAAAGCAGUGUACGUUUCAUUACCACCACGGAUAGGCGGCGCAUUAAAAUCUUCAAAUGAAGACUCAUCACGUUACAUAUCAACAUCAGCAAACGGUGAUCAAACAUUCAAUAAUACAUUGUCAUCGCAUGCUGUUGGUCGUGGUCUAAGUUGGAGAGAAGCUAAUGAACGUGCAAGAAUUUUGUUCUACCGAGGAAAACAUCCAGCAAUACAUUAUGAUGAACAGGCAGCUGUUUUCGAUGUUAGAAUGUUACUAGAAACAGCAUCAGGUGGUACUCAAGAAAUACCUGUCACAGAUUCAGAUGUUCAUGAAUUACUUAAUUCAUGUGGUGUUCAAUGGGAUGGUGUAAAUAUCAUAUCAUUAGUUGAUCAUAGUGAAGAUGUUGUACGCGCCGCUGAACAAGCUGCAUUGAAAGUUAUUCGAGAAAAAGGUAUCAUUGACUUGCGAGCACCACCAUCAACAAACAGCGUUGAUGUUCAUGACGAUGAUGCUGAUGGAUCAGUUGCUUCAUCACCUGAUGCUUCGACUCCAUCUUCGUGA